UUGCGCAUGCGCAGUGUCAUUCAGAGUGACAUUUGUAAACAAAAACUUGAGCAGUCGAAGUGAUAACUUCGUUCACGCGCUGUUUAUAUUUAUAACACCUGAAGAAAUGACCAUGGGAUUAAGUUAACUUGAUACAGCACAUGCUAUUUCUGUUGCUGAGGGUUUUUUCUUUCCUUUAGAGUUUGGUAUAAAUAGCAGAAAGUCACGCAAGAUGUUCAGUUUCUUCGGACAUCGGAAGGACUCUAAAAAGUCUCCACCAUCCGAGAGAGAGACUGACGGAUUUGUCAUUAUAGGAGACACGGCAGAAGAACAGGGAGCGAAACGGCAAUCCAGAAACGCAGCGCAAUUAGCCACCAACGUCAUCGUACAACCGUCAAAGCCAUCGACCAAAACCCAAGAAGCCACCCAGUCCUCUCCAGCGCCCCCUACCUCAGAACCCUCUGCGGAACCGGCGAACACGGAUGUCCCAGGUCACUCGGAGCUUCUCGGAGACAUCCCCUUCACCCUAGCGCCUCACAUCCUCGCCAUGCAGGCCGGCCUGCCUCGGCUUCCCGACAUCAACCUGCCCCGAGACAUCAACGAGAACCUGGCCAACUUCUGCUAUGACUUCACGCUGGAGAACUCGGUGCUGUGCGAGCUGUGACCCUGAUCAGCCCCUCAAACCUCAGAUUGUUCAGCGUUUACAUGGCAGGAAUACAAGAUCGCCAAGUGGUAACUAAUGCCGCCUAGUCGCUGGUGUAUUUCUCAGGACGUUACGUAGCAUGAAGUCUGGAGUGAACCGGCUCUUUAAAGAAAUAAAUGAAAUGAUAUCAGAAUCAAUAUUUGUUUGCAUAUGAAGCAACACUGUAAUCUUUUUAACCUUAUGGUUUUCACACCCAUCAUACUGCACCGUGCUUGUUCUGCUCGCUGCAAAUUCUUUUCUACGCCUUCGCCUCUUUUUUUUUUUUUCUUCUUCUUUUCUUUUCUUUUCGCUUUUCAGCUCACAGAACUUUGCACGUCUUCACCUUUUGUUUUUAAUGUUCUUGUUCACAGAUAUCCAGGAAAACAACAACAACAUCUUAAUCCUGUUAAAUGAAUUUGAACUGUUGAAGAUGUCCAUGGGAAAUCCAUAUUAAGGCAUAACGACAUAUUUAAUGUCUAGUUUUUCAUUUAAGACGUAUUAUACUGUACAUGUUUUUAGAUUUGGACAGAUUGUUACUGUGGCUUUCCAUCGGUUGCUGUGGAAAUAUUUUGGCCCACUGUAUCAGGUUUUGUUAAUUUACUGUAGUUUGAAUUUUUUUGAGGGUUUUUUCCCCCCUUAUUGAGCAUUUUUAAAUUUCAUAGCAUUAAAAAAAACAAAGCAAAAAGCCCCCAUUUACCGGUAGAUUUUCAAUGAAACGCAUGCUGCUGUUUACACAAUGUACUUCUAGAAACAUCUAGAACAUUACAUAAGUAACUAUGUAAUAGGGUUACAGAUUUUGGUUUGUGGUGUUUAUUUCUUAUUUAUCUUAUCUGUCUGUGCCUUUUGCUCUGUGGUCUGAACGAAACUUGAGUAGAAAUGCCCGACACGUUUCAUAUUCAUCUUCUGAAGCAUUUUCUCUUGCUUUUGUUGAUGAUAUUGCAUAAAGAAAUCGAGUCUUGGCUGUCGUGUUUCAUCGUUAGGCCACUUAGACUAAAUGUCGUAUCUAAAGUUUGCUUCUUUUGUUUUAAGCUGAAGCUACGAGGCUAAAGUAGCUAACAAACGGAAUCGCCAUUGGCUUAAACUGCCGUUUGGCUCAGUAACACCAAUGUGCAUGAAGUUUUAUUUGACAAAAAUGAAAUCUCAUAUGAAUUACUUCCAGCUUCACGAUGGCCGAAUUGUUGUUUUCUAAAAAAAAAUAUAUAUAUAUAUUGUUUGCUUGAAGCUCUGAAUCUCUAGCGUCCAUUUUGUCUACUGUUCCAGUCAGCAGUGUCUGAGAUACUGAACGACUCGACGAUUUAGACAUGCAGUUCGCACAAUGCUAAAUUGGUAGCUGGGAUUCAAAACUAAAGAAGCAAACAUCAGACGCCAAAUAUGUCUUUUUAACAAUCGACUACAUUUUGGUCUCGAAGGAAAAAUCGUGUGAGUUUCUUUUUCUUUUCUUUUUUUUUUUUUUUUUGGAUGGACUAUUCCAUUAAAAGUUUAAACCUGAAAACCUACUUUUUAAUUACAGAAAUUGUGGUUGCAUGUUGAAAUUGUACCGUGUGUGCACAGUUCUUUCCGUAAUUGAAGCUUCCUUCUUUCGGUAUUAUCAGAGGGUGCCAAUAAUUCUGUAUUUAAUUAAACAUUGUUUGAUUAAAGAUGUUUUAUCAUUGA